AUGUCUGCCUCGGAUAGUACCAACUCGCCGCCGAUGGAGGACGAGAAGAGGUUUCCUAAGGGUCCCAAUGAGUCUAUUCAGCCCCUCUCAGAGAGAGAGGAGAAAGCCAUCAUCCGCCGCAUCGAUCUUUGUCUUCUUCCGCUGAUGUUCUUUUCGUACUUGCUGCAAUAUCUCGAUAAGACGACCUUGUCGUAUGCAUCGAUCUUGGGUCUUCUGAGUGGCACGCACAUGACCACAGCCCUCUAUUCAUGGACCUCGAGUGCCUUUUACUUUGGUUACCUAGUCGCAUCCUACCCUGUCUCUCUGGGGUUUGUCAAGUUCCCGCUCGGCAAAUACCUCUCUACUAUGAUGAUUCUAUGGGCUAUUACCUUAACCUGCCACGCAGCAGCCUCCAACUUCGCAGGGAUGACCGCGCUCCGUGUACUUUUGGGAGUUUUCGAAAGCGCCAUAAGCCCCGGGUUCACUCUAGUCGUGAGUAUGUGGUAUACGCCAUCAGAGCACGCUCUGCGCAGCUGCAUCUGGUUCGCGGGCAACGGCGUUGCCGCAAUCUUCGGAGGCGUUCUCGCCUACGCCAUCGGCCACAUUGAAGAUAGGUUGGGGCCGUGGCAAUGGCUCUUCAUAAUAUUCGGACUGAUCACGUUGGGAUGGUCGGUCUUCCUGUUCUUCGCCCUGCCCGACUCCCCACGUAACGCCAAGUUCCUCCAACCGAAUCAACGCGAGCCCGCCUACCUUCGCGCGCAGGCAUGCCAGAAGAGCUACCAGAGCCGCGAAUGGAAGAAAGACCAAUUCAUCGAAGCAUGGCUUGAUCCAAAAACAUGGUUUUUGUUCGUCUACAAUUUCAUGGUCUCCCUGCCAAACGGGGGUAUAACCAACUUCUCGAGCCUGGUUAUCGAGUCUUUCGGCUUCGAUACCUUCAACACUCUCCUGUACAGCAUCCCCAUGGCUGCUGUGGCUCUCGUCUUUCUGCUUAUUAGUGCAUUCACAUGCAAUCGCUUCCGUGGUCUCCGCUGCUACUGGAUGAUCGCCACUCUUCUGGUCAGCCUCAUCGGCAUUCUCCUCAUGCGACAGCUCCCUACCGAGAAGAAAUGGGGUCGCUUGGUUGGGGUGUGGCUCGUCAGUGUCUUUGGUGCCGGAUGGCCCCUCAGUCUUAGUCUGGUCUCGAGUAACUUUGCUGGGUUUACCAAGAAAAGUACCGUGACAGCUAUACUGUUUAUUGGGUACUGCGUGGGCAAUAUUGCCGGGCCGCAAUUGUUCAAGACCAACGAAGCCCCUAAAUAUUUGACUGCGUUUGCCGCUAUUCUGGCGUGUUUUUGCAUUGCCGUCGCGGAUGUCAUUGCUCUGCGAGUGUAUAUGGCGUGGGAGAAUAAGCGAAGGAAUCGCAAGCAAGGCCGGACUAUUGAGCCCGAGUCACCAGAGAUGGAGGAUGCUGUCCAAUCACAUUCGGACCACAGCGAGUCGGGCGAUAUCACGGACUGGCAGAACGAAAGUUAUCGAUACUGUUUGUAGGACAAGAUAGAAGAAAUGUGCGGAAGGGUGAAGUGCGCAACAGGUUGAACAAAAGUGAAAAGUUGAUACUACUUAGUUAUAGAAACGAUGUCUUGGGGUAUACAGCUGAAAGUCGUGUGUUCAUGUGUGCGUGAAUCAGGUGAAGAGGCAUCUUCAAGCGAAGCUCGUCUGCCACCCCAGAAAUUCCAUCACCAACUCCCACUCAAAUCGACCGGUCCGUGUCCUCUCCCCUGCCACAUACAGCUCACGUCGCUGCCACAGUAAUUCCACAACUGUCUGUGCUCGUACAGUGUUCUCAUAUGGGGCUUUCGCUUGAGCUGCCUGGAAUUGUGCCAAAGCCCGUGCUUUGUCGGAUUCAGACGUACUGCAGCACGAGGCAAUGAAGAGGGGCCAUAACGGCCAGGAGAUUGGGAGGUGAUCCAGCGAUGAGACUAUCGAUUCUACCAGAGAUAGGAUAUAAUCGACAUGGCGCUGCUUUCGUGUUGUAUCCAA